CACUGGCUCAUGGUCUCGGUAUAAAUACCGUCAAAAAGUCUCGUUCGCGUUGUAGUCGACACCAGACACAGUACUGACAAAGGACGCAGACAUCAGAGAGGUGAAACGGAUUUAUUACGCUCCGAUUAUCUGCUGUUUUCUAUUAUUCCUGUGUGUGUGUGUGCUCUCUUCAAACAACGUGGAGGUCUCUAUAGCGAACUGUCCGUCAACUGACAUCAAUGAAGGAGAGAAUAUCUAGUCAGAAAGUAUCUGUUCAGUCCGGGAUGGAUCCUAGUCAGAUUGUGAAGUGUAAAAUAGUUGUGGUCGGGGACAGUCAAUGUGGGAAGACUGCUCUACUACACGUCUUUGCAAAGGAUAUCUUCCCAGAGAGUUACAUGCCCACAGUGUUCGAGAAUUACACGGCCAGUUUUGAAAUAGACACGAAAAGAAUAGAGCUCAGCCUAUGGGACACGUCAGGGUCUCCAUACUACGACAACGUGAGGCCUCUCUCCUACCCAGACUCAGACGCUGUCCUUAUCUGUUUUGACGUCAGCCGUCCUGACACACUCGACAGCGUAAUAAAGAAGUGGAAAGGGGAGAUCCAGGAGUUCUGUCCCAACACCAAGAUGCUCCUGGUGGGCUGCAAAUCGGACCUGCGCACCGACCUCUCCACGCUGGUGGAGCUGUCCAAUCACAGACAGAUGCCUGUGUCAUAUGAUCAGGGUUCCAACAUGGCCAAACAGAUCUCAGCCCCCUACAUCGAGUGCUCAGCCCAGCAGUCAGAGAACAGCGUCAGGGACAUUUUCCACGUGGCCACCUUGGCCUGCGUCAACAAGAACAACAAGAACGUCAAACGCAACAAAUCUACCAGAGGCAACAAAAGGAUCUCGCACAUGCCCAGUAGGCCUGACCUCGCGACGGUAGCGUCAGACCUGCGGAAGGACAAAGCAAAGAGUUGCUGUGUCAUGUGACCUGGUGGGCAGGGUCACGACCCUCGGGAGUGGGUUUGCAGGCUGGGAUUGAAGCAUGUAGUGAGGACAGGGGUUAAAGGUCAGAGCAUAGUGCAUUUUGGAACAUUAGAGGGUGAGGCCCUUCCCUUCCUGCACUUUAAAGCCCUUGGCCUGCUGUCCUGGGGUGGAGUUUUGUAUAUGCAUCAUACAAUGUAAAUGUAGAUGAAAUCCACCAUAUCAAUGACAACACAAUAGUCUUUCAGUGUAGCCUGUCUAUCUACCAUCCAUCUCCCUUACAUAUCUUUUACCAGAAGAGGAAGCUAUCUCUGCUUUGGGCCAAUUAGCUGCCUUCCCUCCUGGCGGCUUCCCGGGAGGUAGUAACACUGUUUCCUCUUAGAGCUGGACGAGGAAGUGGUCAUGGCCUUUCACAGGAAAUUACCAUUUCCACAGGAAGUGAUGUCACGUAGGAAAAGUUGAACGAGUCCCGGACGUUUUUCAAAGGACUUCAGAAAGGAUGUCCACGCUGUACAUGAUGAUUGGCUCAACCCCCGUCUGUACAGCUGACUCCAUCACCAUGAGAGACUGCAGCGGUGCACUCUGGAACGCUGAAGACGAGCGGCCAUCUUGCACUGGAUCAAAGACCUGGAAGUGACAUGACACUGCGCACGCAGCACAUCACUAUGGUUUCCAUCAGCUUGUUUGUUUCUCUUCCCCCUUCUUGUGGUUGCAAGUCAAGUGUUUCCUGACCUAAUAGUCCCGUUGUUCCAGUCAUGUCUUUCCUGUAUUUUGUAGAAUUUACUGUGAGCCCAUAUCAUUUAAACCAAUGGCCGUUGACAUCCUAGGACUUCUGAUCUGUUUGGCGUAAUGAUAGACAGGGUAGUGUGAUGCUGAACAGUUUAUGGACAUGUCCUUUCAGCUAUGCAACACCUUCUGCUCUCAGCAAGGGAGGGGAAUGAAAUAAACAAAUGAAGCAUGACUUUGGUUGAAGGACGUUGUUCACUGGAUGUCUAAAGUAUAAAUGCACUUUUUAAAGAUCAAGGCUUCGCUAAAAAGCGCCAUGAAUUCUGGUAUAUUCCAAUGCCUUUAUUAAACUCGCGAUGCUUUACAAAAUUUUCAGAACAGCUUCUCCUAGAGCAGUGUCAUCAGCUAGCCUGCUAAUGCUAUCUGUUUCAGAACAGAUUCUCCUAGAGCAGUAUCAUCAGCUAGCCUGCUAAUGUUAUCUGUUUCAGAACAGCUUCUCCUAGAGCAGUAUCAUCAGCUAGCCUGCUAAUGUUAUCUGUUUCAGAACAGCUUCUCCUAGAGCAGUACCAUCAGCUAGCCUGCUAAUGCUAUCUGUUUCAGAACAGCUUCUCCUAGAGCAGUAUCAUCAGCUAGCCUGCUAAUGCUAUCUGUUUCAGAACAGCUUCUCCUAGAGCAGUAUCAUCAGCUAGCCUGCUAAUGCUAUCUGUUUCAGAACAGCUUCUCCUAGAGUAGUAUCAUCAGCUAGCCUGCUAAUGCUAUCUGUUUCAGAACAGCUUCUCCUAGAGCAGUAUCAUCAGCUAGCCUGCUAAUGCUAUCUGUUUCAGAACAGCUUCUCCUAGAGCAGUAUCAUCAGCUAGCCUGCUAAUGCUAUCUGUUUCAGAACAGCUUCUCCUAGAGCAGUAUCAUCAGCUAGCCUGCUAAUGCUAUCUGUUUCAGAACAGCUUCUCCUAGAGCAGUAUCAUCAGCUAGCCUGCUAAUGCUAUCUGUUUCAGAACAGCUUCUCCUAGAGCAGUAUCAUCAGCUAGCCUGCUAAUGCUAUCUGUUUCAGAA